AUGACCUGGUGCGCGAAAAUUUAUGAUAUUUUCAAUGGAUGGAAUGAAGAGGAAAAUGGAUUACCUACAAUAACAAAUAACAAUGUAGGUGAAUCAUUGAAAAUCAAACGAAUUAAUUCAGAUUUAUAUCGAUAUCAACCAAAUGAUAAUAAUACACCUGUUAUUCAACAUGAUAGUCCAUUACUUGAAAGAUCUGAAUCGUUAACAACUACACAAUUGUAUAACAAUGAUUAUUUAAAUCGUCACGAUUAUAGUGAAGAACAUAUUUAUGCUGACACAAUCUCGACAUGUCAGCAACAUGAUGGACAAUAUUAUUUUAAUCCUGAACAACGACAUUAUAGUAUCGCAACAAUUUCGCAUAUGUCACUGGAUCUUUCAAAGUCUUUGAGUAAGAAAGAAGAAAAUUGUCAGCAACAACAACAACAACACCAACUUUCACGAAGUUAUUCAUUUGAUUUUCCAAUGGAAUUAAAACGAAAUCAAUGUAGUUUACCAUCACUUGAUUAUGUACAACCUCGUGUCAGAUAUUCAAUGAAUCCACAAUUAAUUAGACAAAGUAUGAAUUUAGAAAGGCCCAGUCGAUCAUCACUUAAACAUGUUGCCUUACAUAAUAGUCAAGCUUCAUUACCAACAAGAGAGGACUCAUUUACUGGUAGAAUUUCAACACGUUCAGCAUAUUCUACACUUGAUUAUGAAAGUAGUGAAUUGCAACCUCGAAGUAAUGAUGAAGUUCAACAAGCAAUUGAAUAUCAUAUAAAACAAAUGUUAAAUGAAUCUCCUAAUGGUGUUUUUCCAAUGAUUUAUCGUUUACCAUCGAAUGACAUGUUAUAUUCUAAAGAUCGUUAUCGUGUUGAGGGUGGUUAUGAUGAACCAUCUCAAUGGAUAUUUAAAACGAAAAUUCUUCGAACUGAUUGCCGAAUUGUAUCAGAUAAUAUCGCAUCUAUUUAUACAAAUAAUUUUUAUGAUCAAUAUCAUUAUGAUAUAUAUGCAGUUGAUGAUCAAUUUAAUCCCGUUGUUAUGUCAAUCAGACCACAAAAUGAUGAAUUAACUGUUAUUGUACGUACACAAGAAGGUUCAAAGUGUAUGAAAUUUAUUGAAAAUGGAAAUAAUAUAACAAAUUAUAUAACUUUAUGUCAACAACUCUAUCCAAAUUUACAAAUUGAUCAUUUUGAAAAUUGUACAAAUUUUAAAGCUCAACAAUUUAUUAAAGCCUAUGAUGAAAAAUUAGAAACACAAAAAUUUAAAUUUGGUAUUAUUUAUCAACGAAGAGGACAAACUACCGAAGAAGAAUUUUUUAAUAAUGAAAAACACAGUCGAACAUUUGAUGAAUUUCUUGAUAUAAUAGCAACAAGAGUAUCAUUGAAAAAUUUUCAAGGUUAUCGAGGCGGUCUUGAUACAAGUGAACAAACUGAUUCUCCAAUAUCUUAUUAUGAAUGUUAUGAUGAAAAAGAAAUUAUGUUUCAUGUUAGUACAUUAUUACCUUAUACACCAAAUGAUUCAACACAAAUACAACGUAAACGUCAUAUUGGGAAUGAUAUUGUUACAAUUGUUUUUCAAGAAGAAAAUACACCAUUUCAUCCCAGAUUAAUAAAUCCAAAUACUUUGACAUUAUAUCGCAAAGUAGCUAAACGUGUUAUAAAGAUAAUGCUUAUUGCUCGUGAAGAUAUUGAAGAAUUUCCUCCAAAUCUCUAUCGUAAUGUUGUUUAUGUUCGUACAGCUGAACAAUUAAAACCAUUUAUUCUAUCGAAAUUAAUUAAUGCUGAAUAUGCUGCAUAUCGUUGUCGAACAUUUUCUUUAUUACAACAACGUACACGUUGUUCAUAUCUGAAAACUUUAUGUGAAAAUUUAUCGGAAAAAUCUUAUGAAACUUUAUGUGAUGAACAGAAACGUGUUGGUCAUCGUCGUCUAUCAUUAUUAUCAAAUUCAGCAAGAAAACGUUAUUUAUCAUCAAUGAAAAAGAUUUUUACUAGAAGUAAUAGUGCAGCUGAUAGUCCACGUCAAUCAAUAAAAUCGAAUGAACCAAAAAAAACUAAAACUAGUAAAAAAUUAAUGCGAUUGGGUAAAUCAAUGGAUAGUGUUGAGGAUAAUCAUCGUUUAUCAGCGACAAAAUCAUUACCUACUCAGGAAUUCAGACGUGAAAAUGAUCUCUCAAAUCGAAAUGUGAAUGGUCGAAGUGAUGAUAGUUUAAAUACUAGUGCUGAUAUAAGUAAUUCAACAAUUCAACCAUAUACUUCUCUUCCAAAUCAAGGUUACUAUGGUGAUGAAUCCGAUGAAGGAUUGGAUAGUAUGUCAUCUGUUGAUGCAGCUCGUUUACCAUACGAUAGUGAUGAUCAAGAUGCUUAUCGACAACAAAUUCGUGAAAAAUCUUAUCCAAAUCCUAUAUGGUAUCCAGCAUCAUCUACUCAACGUCAUAUUUAUACACCACAGACAGCUGGUAUUCAUAUAAGUGAAGAAGCGACUGUUUAG